UCGCGCGCGAGGUGAAAGGUCGAACUCGGCGAAGGGGUGGGGCUGCUGUGCGGAGAUUCGCGCAGUCGGUCGGAGCGGCCUGAGGCCCAUGUGGAGCGACGGCCGUCGGAGCCUCCGCGGGUGCUGCUGAAGCGAGGUCUCGGGGCCCUUGACAGCUAUGAAGGGUAGCCGGAUCGAACUGGGUGAUGUGACGCCGCACAACAUUAAACAGCUGAAGCGGUUAAACCAAGUCAUCUUUCCUGUCAGCUACAAUGACAAGUUCUACAAGGAUGUGUUAGAAGUUGGAGAGCUUGCCAAACUGGCCUAUUUCAAUGAUAUUGCAGUGGGUGCAGUGUGCUGUAGAGUAGAUCAUUCUCAGAAUCAGAAAAGACUGUACAUCAUGACGCUUGGAUGUCUGGCCCCUUACCGAAGGUUGGGAAUAGGAACUAAAAUGUUGAAUCACGUGUUAAACAUCUGUGAAAAAGAUGGCACCUUUGACAAUAUCUAUCUUCAUGUCCAGAUUAGCAAUGAAUCAGCAAUCGACUUCUACAGAAAGUUUGGAUUUGAGAUAAUUGAGACAAAGAAGAACUACUACAAGAGGAUAGAGCCAGCAGAUGCUCAUGUGCUGCAGAAAAACCUCAGAGUCCCUUGUCUUGGCCAGAACACAGACGUGCAAAAGUCCGACAACUGAACAAAACCCAAUGAACGCUUUAUUGCACUUUCUUGUCACCAAAUAAGGAAAGAGAGGCCUGGCGGUUUUUUUCUCCAUUCUCCUAAAAUGUGUUGUAUCCUCUCCAACAAAUUGAAUAGCUUCCCAAGGAUUGUCAAAUUGUGUGUUUUGCAUUUUAUAGCUCUACUUUGCAUUCUUGGGGAUGGAAAUAGUAAACAGUUCUAGCUUGGAGGUCCUUCAGCUGACUCUUUAAAGGUUAGCUUUUUUCAGCAUGUGUGAUCCUCCUGCAUUUCCAUUGAAGGGCAACGUUCAAGCAAUACUUUGCAUUCAGGCUCCUAGUAUCAUACAUUUUUGUGUGUGGUUUAUUUUUUUUUUUAAUUUGGAGGUUAUUGAUUUCUUUUUCUGAAUUUCAUUAAACAGCUUUUUGCCUUGUUUACCUUUUGAACAUAUACAUACAUCAGUCAGGUAACUGGCUCACAGCUUCUGAAUGAGUUUCUCCAUUAUGUUUUGAGACAGAAUGGCUGACAGGUUUCAUCUUUUUUGAAGUGUCAGCUUUGUCAGUUUUGUGGCCAGUAGACUUAUAAGGCCCUUGACUGCUGUAACGGAGGAUUCAGAGUAUCAUCUUCCACCCAUUCAUUAUAGGUUUUGCACCAGCAAUAGAACACUCCUCUUGGUUGUGGCAACAGUGGAGGAAUCAGUCAUUUAAAGAAGAUCAGUUUGUCAUUAAAAGCAGGGAAGAGGAAGGAAGCUUUACCUUGGAAAUGAUGCUGCUGAUUUGGACUGUGUUUGCUUGCUGGCAUUAUUUUCUCCCUAAGAUAAAAGAUGGUUGAAACAUUUUUUCUCUGAAGACUUGGCACUCAUCCUAAAAGGAGAAGUGCCGUGGAACAGAAGAUGAAAAUGACUUCUUGGAGGAACAUUAUAAAGAUUCAGAAAGUAACUGGCUUUCUCCUAAUAUUGUAACGUUAGAACUGUAGCCUGCUUUACUGAGCUUUUCCUUUGUAUUUUGUUAUGCUCUUGUUUGCAAUUUCAUUUUGAGCUUCUAGCAUUCAGUACAUCUAUGCCAGCUAAACUUUACAAUUCUUCUUUUCAUCUAGGGAAAUGUACACUUGGGAGGUUGGGAGGAACACGCCCUAUCAUCUAAAACAAUAUUAAACUAUAUUUCUUCCCUGGUUUUGAACUUA